AUGGCAUCCACCGAAGGCCAGUGUGCUGUCUGCUCCAAACCUGGCAAGCUCUGCUCCAGCUGCCAAAACAUUCACUACUGCGGACGUGACUGUCAGAAGGCUGAUUGGGCAGUCCACAAGCUGCUCUGUCGCGCCUUCAAGGCCGUACGCGAGCCACCAGGCCCCAACAUGAUGCGUGUCCUCGUCUUCCCUGUCAACAACGCUAAGCCUGAGUUCCGUUGGAUGCCCAUCAGACCUACAAAGGUCCAACGCCCAGAGACUGGCUUCUUGUUCGGCACCGGAAAUCAGUACCUGAAAAACGCGCCUGCCGAGACCGAUUUCAGAAGCUUGAUUCAGGACCCUAAGAUUGGCGAAAGACUGCGCCACCGUAUCACCAUUCAGUUCCGCGAGGCAUCCCAGAAGGACGGCUCCUUGCCCAACGCUUCCAUCCAAAGUCCCGUCGGCGGCCCUCCCGCCUUGAAGCUGGCAGGUCUCGUUAUUGCCUACAGCAAUGUCGACGUCAAGCGGGGUGAGGAAGCCAAAAACACCAAUCUGGAUACAUCAGAUCUCAACAUCAUUAAAGACUGGUUCUCUCAUGGUUUCUUCGAGUGCAAGGACGAGCAAUUCUACGAAGAAAGACUCACCAGAAAAAAUGGCUAUCUCAACCUGGCCGGUGUCAAGGAAAGCUUCGAGACCUGGGAGGCAGAGCAGCGAGCCAAACCUGCCCGUCAAUGGACUCUAGAGGACUUGAGCUCGCUUGCAAUGCUUCCUAAAAUAGGAAAAGGCCAAACCCCUCCAGCUGAGAGAGACUUCUCAAUCCCCGUGAGCAAGGAGGAGUCAGCUUGGAGAGAAGAGCAGAAGACCAGUGGUCGCUCGUUCAGUACCAAUGAUAUGCAGGAGACGGUGGAGUGUAACCCUUGGCUUGCUAACGCGCUACCAUCGUUCUCCAAGAACAAGAAGUAG